UUCCAAUUGUGGCCACCACUUCCACUCCGGGGAUAGCCCGGAACAGCAAGAAGAGGCCAGCCAGUCCUUCCCACAACAGCAGCACCGCUGGGGGCUACAGCGCUAGUAAGAAGAAAAAAGUGUCCUCCAGCUUUACGCAGUGACAAGACAAAGGACAUUUGUCUCCCUUCUUUGUGACCACGCUGUCCUCACGUCUGAGUCAGUUAUGCAGGUUGCUGUCUGGAGAAACGAAGCUGUUUAUUUGGGUAUCAGCAUGGAAGCCAUGAGUGAGAAUAAGAUGGUGCCCUCUGAUUUCAGCACAGGACCCAUGGAAAAAGCUGCCAAGCCAUUGCCAUUUAAGGAUCCAAACUUUGUGCACUCUGGCCAUGGUGGUGCGGUCGCUGGCAAGAAGAACAGAACCUGGAAGAAUCUGAAACAGAUCCUCGCUUCUGAAAGGGCAUUGCCGUGGCAACUGAACGAUCCUAACUACUUCAGUAUUGACGCUCCUCCCUCCUUUAAACCAGCUAAGAAGUAUUCUGAUGUUUCAGGUCUUCUUGCCAACUACACUGACCCCCAGAGCAAACUGCGGUUCAGCACCAUCGAAGAGUUUUCCUACAUCCGGAGGCUGCCCUCUGACGUGGUCACUGGCUACCUGGCCCUGAGGAAGGCCACAAGCAUCGUUCCCUGAGACUCGAGAAAUGGGGAUGAGGUGGAAGACUGUUUCAAAGGCAGACUUUGGACUCAUGAUUUUGUUUCAUGGAAACAAACUCAUUCUGCUGUCAAUCUGGAAAUGUCAGUGCUGUGCCUUGGAAAGAAUGUUUGGCUUUAAUUUCAGUUUUUUUUUUUUCUUCUCUCUGUUUUCCCUCCAAGUGUGAUAUUUCCUGUUGAAUUAAAUUAUACUUCAGUUGUUGCCUCA